UCCAUUUCCAGUAUCUUGUCAUUCACAAAGCAUAUCAACGCCUACUUCCCUCUCUUCGCUGUUGUUGCUUCUCUAAUCUUCUUUCUGCCAUCAUCAUCGUUUUCUUCACUCAGACGCACACACAAUUUAACAAUUAACAAUACAAAACGAAAGGGAUAUUCAAAGCAACGCUAUUACUACUUUCCCCAUCGUUUCUGGCUUUUGCUUUUCCUUUUUUCCUCCACUUUCAGAUCUGAAUUUCAUCAUUUCAAAUUCUCCAUUCUCCAUUCUCUUCUUCAUUCUUCCAUUUCACUUCAGUUCCACUUUUCGCUCAUCACUUUCAUGUUCUUCUUCGGAUUCCAAUUUUCCCCUCAUCCGUGUGUAAUCAGAUCUUGAAAAUUGGCGCCCCAACGUCGCUCACAGCGCCACAUGGGUGGUCAGAGCAAUGCUGCCGCCGCGGCUGCUUUGUAUGACCACGCCGGCGGUGCUGUACCUUUGCACCCUGCACCGGCAGGGACUGCACCCGAUGCUGGCGAUGCUGUUAUGGCACGCUGGUUGCAAUCCGCCGGCUUACAGCAUCUGGCUUCUCCGUUGGCGAACACUGCCAUCGAUCAACGCCUUCUCCCCAACCUUCUCAUGCAGGGUUACGGAGCACAGUCUGCGGAAGAAAAACAGAGGCUUUUUAAGUUAAUGAGAAGUCUCAAUUUUAAUGGGGAGUCUGGUUCAGAACUAUAUACACCCACUUCCCAAACUUUAGGUGGGGCGGCUGUAUCAGAUGGGUUCUAUUCUCCUGACUUUAGGGGUGAUUUUGGAGCUGGUCUUUUGGAUCUUCAUGCUAUGGAUGAUACAGAGCUUUUGCCCGAGCAUGUUAUCUCAGAACCCUUUGAGCCAUCACCCUUUAUGCCUGGAAGUACCAAAGAAUUUGAAGACGACUUCAACUCAGUCAGCAUCAAGCAGGAAGGAGGAGAUGCAGUUGCUGAUGUGUCAAUUUUUUUACCUGUGAAUGAAAAGGAGAACAAUACCAGAGAAAACAAUGUUGCGAAGAUAAAAGUUGUGGUACGCAAAAGACCUUUAAAUAAAAAGGAGCUCGCAAAGAAGGAGGAUGAUAUUGUAACUGUAUUUGACAAGGCAUAUUUGGCCGUUCAUGAACCCAAAGUGAAGGUUGAUUUGACAGCUUACGUGGAGAAGCAUGAAUUUUGUUUUGAUGCUGUUCUUGAUGAGAAUGUCACUAAUGAUGAAGUAUAUCGAGUUACAGUAGAACCUAUUAUUCCUACAAUUUUUGAGAGGACAAAAGCAACCUGUUUUGCUUACGGUCAGACAGGAAGUGGCAAAACUUUCACAAUGCAACCAUUACCACUCAGAGCUGCAAAUGACCUUGUUAGACAGUUGCAUCGGCCAGUUUACCGAAAUCAGAAAUUUAAAUUGUGGCUUAGCUACUUUGAGAUAUAUGGUGGAAAACUGUUUGAUCUUCUUGGUGAUAGGAAGAAACUCUGUAUGAGAGAAGAUGGACGACAGCAAGUUUGUAUUGUAGGACUGCAAGAAUUUGAAGUUUCUGAUGUACAGAUUGUCAAAGAAUUCAUUGAAAGGGGCAAUGCAGCGAGGAGUACAGGAUCCACCGGUGCAAAUGAGGAGUCCUCCAGGUCACAUGCUAUCUUACAACUGGUUGUAAAGAGGCACAAUGAGGUGAAAGAGAGCAGGCGAAAUAAUGAUGGAAAUGAGACAAAAAGUGGAAAGGUUGUGGGGAAGAUUUCUUUCAUUGAUCUUGCUGGAAGUGAAAGAGGCGCCGACACUACUGACAAUGACCGUCAGACAAGGAUUGAAGGAGCAGAAAUAAACAAGAGUCUUUUGGCUUUGAAGGAGUGCAUUCGAGCUUUGGACAAUGACCAGAUCCAUAUUCCUUUUCGUGGAAGUAAACUUACAGAAGUGCUUCGCGACUCUUUUGUUGGCAAUUCAAAGACUGUCAUGAUUUCUUGUAUAUCUCCAAAUGCGGGAUCUUGUGAACACACACUUAAUACCUUGAGAUAUGCUGAUCGAGUUAAGAGUCUGUCCAAAAGUGGAAAUCCUAGAAAGGACCAGGCCCCAAAUCCAGUCCCACAGUCAAAUAAAGAGGUUUUAUCCACAUCAUCCCUUCCAGAUAGUGCUUGUGCCGAGGAUGUCUAUUAUCAACGCCAAGAGGUGAAAACAGGGGAUAUGGGCAGGAAAGUUAUCGAGAACGAAAACUCUUUGUACAGCUCUGCUGCUGCUGCUGAUGUUGACAAGCAGCCAUCGAGUUUUUCUUCCACUUUUUUAUUCAACGGACGAGAGGAGAAAGGUUUGCCUUCUGUCUCAGCUGACAGGAACAGGUUUGAAGUGAAGAAUUCUACUAGUCAAAAGAUGAACCCUUAUUCCCAAAAUGAUACGGAUGAGAAAGUGCAAAAGGUGUCUCCCCCACGCAGAAAAGGGACCAAGGAGGAGAGACCUGAAAGGUCUUUCAACUGGCAAAAACGGGAUGCCAAUGGUUCUGAUCAUUUCACCACAAGCUCCAAGCAGCAGAGCACGGAGAAUCAUAACACAGUUGCGACUGGAUCCAGGCAGCCGGAAACAGAAUCCUCACCUGAUGUGAAUAUCAGCGCCGUACUUGAGGAGGAAGAAGCACUGAUUGCUGCUCAUAGGAAAGAAAUUGAGGACACAAUGGAGAUUGUCCGUGAAGAAAUGAAACUGUUGGCAGAAGUAGACCAACCAGGAAGUCUUAUUGACAGCUAUGUAACCCAGUUGAGUUUUGUGCUUUCUCGCAAAGCAGCUAGUCUUGUAAGUCUCCAGGCUCGCCUUGCAAGAUUCCAACAUCGACUAAAAGAACAGAAGAUACUAAGCAGGAAAAGAGUACCUCGUUAAGUGGCAUGGUUUCUCUUAUUCAAUGUUGAUGAUGUGUAUGUAAUUUUUUCUGUGUUUGUUAGCAAUAUAGUUUGAAGGCUUUUGGUCAUUUUACAUCAACAAAUCUUGUGGGAUAUUCAAAUUAAAUUUACUCAAAUGUAUAUUCGUCCCUUGUGUGAAAUGUGACAUUACCUUCAUGCCUUUGCAAAAUGGAUUUAAUUUUAUAGCA